AUGUUUCCGGCCGACCUCACGGUUUCCGUUGACGACCUGCCGUACCUGCUGACUUCAGCUCGGGCCAACAUUGACGGCUGCGUCGAGGGGCUGCAGGAAUUCGCGCCGGAUGCGUUGGACACGGCUCCGGGAGUGCGGCUCCAGGGGGAGGUUACGCUCAUUACAGUCACAGUCACCGCAGCUCACGCGUUUUCCCCUUCCGCAAGUGACGACCUUUUCGAAGACGACGAGCUUUCCGUCUCCGCUGGAGGAAAUGAUUCCGCCGAUGAUUCCGCUGACUACUCCGCGGACACUUACGAGUACGAUUACGCUUCACCCCCUCGCCGCCGGAUGACGACAGAAACGGACCAAUCAGGCGACAGCGGCGCGCCUGAGUGGGUAACCCUGGGGCUGUUCGAGCACCUGAAGAGAAUUCAGGCGGCUCAUAUGCGCGGGGGGAGCGCGGGCGGCGCGGGUGAAUUGGGGGGCGCGCGGAGACUUCUCGGCCUUGAUGACGCAGGUGUGGAUCAUGCUUAUGGCGGGGAUGCGGGUGAUUCUUACGAUGCUGGUGAUCAGCUUCGGAGGGGGCUUCAAACUUCGGGUUCGGGUUCGGGUUCAGGUUCGGUCUCCAGAAGCGUCGGCAAGCAGAGCCAGGGCGGGCAUCACGGCGGGACGGGCGGGCAUCACGACGGGAAGAACGGCGGGAAGAACGGUGGGAAGAACGGCGGAAAUACCGGAGGGAAGAACGGCGGAAAUACCGGAGGGAAGAACGGCGGAAAUACCGGAGGGAAGAACGGCGGAAAUAUCGGAGGGAAGAACGGCGGAAAUACCGGAGGGAAGAACGGCGGAAAUACCGGAGGGAAGAACGGCGGAAAUACCGGAGGGAAGAACGGCGGAAAUACCGGAGGGAAGAACGGCGGAAAUACCGGAGGGAAGAACGGGGGAAAUACCGGAGGGAAACCCGGCGGGAAACCGGGCGUGAAUAUGGGAGGACUUCUGGAUACCGGGGACUUCAAGGGCGAGUACACCAGCCUGCUGCCGCCUCAGGUGGAUGCGAUUGUCGCUAAGGACGGCUCCGGCACGCACAAGACGCUCACGGCUGCAAUUGGAUCCGCACCAAUGAAAGGCACGUUUGUUGUUUUCAUCAAGGCCGGAGUGUACAACGAGCAGAUUCUCUUUGACAACAAGGGGAUUGUUUUGGUCGGUGAAGGGAUUGGCAACACCAUUAUUACUGGCAAGAAGAGUGUGAAUGGCGGAUCAACCACCUACAACUCUGCUACCAUUGGCGCCAACAAGGGGAUGCUGACAGCACUCGGGAUAACCGUCCGAAACACGGCGGGGCCGGCGGGCGAGCAGGCAGUGGCUCUACGUUCCAAGGACCUCUCCGCCUUCUUCGAAUGCGAGUUUGACGGUUCCCAAGACACGCUCUACCCGCACAGCGGGCGGCAGUACUUCCGCGACUGCCGCGUCGGCGGCACCGUUGACUUCAUUUUUGGGAAAUCCGCGGCUGUUUUCGACCGCCCGCAAAUCAGGCUUCAUAAGGACGAUCCGGUGAUUAUCACCGCGCCGCAGAACGACCCCAAGUAUCCGGAUCCCAAGGGGAUAAUUAUCCGAAAUGCGGUGAUCUCUUCGGACGCGGGUGUGGGGAAGGCGUAUCUGGGCCGGCCGUGGACCAACACAGGGACUUCCAUUUUCAUCAACUGCUUCCUUCCCAAGGAGAUCCAACCUGACGGUUGGCUGACGUGGGACGCUGAUACCGUGAAGCUCGCCAAGAAGAACGGCGUGUUCUUCGCUGAAUUCCAGAGCACCGGGCCCGGAGCGCGCAUGCCGCGUGCCAGCUGGGUGUCGCCGCAGAGGAUCAGCAACCCCGCGAAAUUUACGGCAGAGGCUUUCCUCGGCUGGACGAGCUCCGGCUGGGCUGGGGUGGGGCAAGAACCUGACGUUGACAACAGCGGGAAGUGA